AAGCUACGAAGAGGAAGGUUAGAUAUAAGCAGCUGUUGCUGUAAUCUGGAGGAGCGGACUGAUCCGUCGAGGCAGGGGACAGCUGCAGGCAUUUUGUAGUCCUUUUGUGAUCCAUGGGCGUUUGUUCAGCCAUGGAGCUCGUCUUUGUGUUGCUGAUGUGUUUGGCUGGUUGCGGUGCUUCCGGCUCCAGGGAGUGGGCUCAGCAUGGUGCCCCUAUGUUUGCUGACCUCACACCACAAGAGAUGAAAGCUGUGCGGAACUACCUACAUGCUAUUCCAGAAAUGAAGCUCACAUAUGCCAGUAACAAGGCUCUGAAGAAGAACAGUAUCUUGCUGAUGGAGCUCCAUCUGCCAAAGAAGCACCUAGCCCUGAAAGCUUUGGACCAUGGACAGGCCAGACCCCCCCGUCAAGCUCGUGUGAUCAUCCAGUUUGGGAACCAGACCAAGCCCAAAAUCACUGAGUACAUUGUGGGUCCCCUGCCCUUCCCGACGACUCACAUAGUCAAAACUUUCAAGGGGAACAAACCUGUCCGAUUUGAGUCGAGGCCAAUUACUUUGGUGGAGUAUGACCAUCUUGAGGACAAGCUUAAGACGAUCGCCGCUGCAGCUCACAAGCUGCUGUUUGAGACCACAGGAGGGUUUUCUUACAGUAACUGUUCUGACCGCUGCCUGACCUUCUCGGACAUUGCCCCUCGUGGUCUGGGUCCAGGUGAAAGGAGGACCUGGAUCAUGCUGCAGAAGUUUGUGGAGGGCUAUUUUAUUCACCCAAUCGGAUUUGAGGUACUGAUCAACCAUCAGGAUCUGGAUCCAGAGAAGUGGACUGUUGAGAAGAUCUGGUACAACAGCAUGUAUUUUGACAGUGUUGAGGAGCUGGUAGAAAAGUAUGAAUCAGGAGAAAUUGAGAAGCUCAAACUGCCUGAUCAUGAUGACGAAGACCUUUUUUCUACCUACAUACCUCGAGGUCACAGCAACACGGCCACUAACAUCCAUGGGCCGAAGAUGGUCGAGCCCCAGGGCCACCGCUAUCGCAUUGAACAGAACUUCGUUGAGUAUGCUGGAUGGUCGUUUGCCUACAGAGUCCGCUCAUCAGCUGGGCUCCAGGUCUUUGAUCUCCGUUUUAACGGGGAAAGGAUUGCCUAUGAGAUCAGCCUCCAAGAAGCUGUUGCCUUCUACGCGGGAGAUACCCCUGCUGCCAUGCAAACAAAGUACAUCGAUGCAGGCUGGGCGAUGGGCAGCUCGACCUUUGAACUGGCACCUGGAAUCGACUGUCCAGAAAUCGCAAGCUUUAUUGAUCUUUACCACUACUUUGACACAGACAAACCCAUGCUCCAUAAAAAUGCUCUCUGUGUUUUUGAGAUGACCACCGGCAUGCCUCUGAGGAGGCAUUUCAAUUCUAACUUUAAUGGAGGAUACAACUUCUUUGGGGGGCUGGAGAACACGGUGCUGGUGCUGCGGACAACCUCGACUGUUUAUAACUAUGAUUACAUUUGGGACUUCCUCUUCUACCAGAAUGGGGUGGUGGAAGUAAAGGUUAGUGCUACUGGAUACAUCCAUGCCACCUUCUUUACACCUAACGGACUUCAGUAUGGCUCCAAGGUGUAUGACUAUGUGCUGGGUAACCUGCACACACACCUCGUCCAUUACAAAGUUGACCUGGAUAUUGCUGGUCAAAAGAACAGCUUUGAGUCGAUUGAUCUGAAAUACGUCAACUUCACAAAUCCAUGGAGCCCAGAGAAUUUCAUCGUCCAGUCAAAAAUCCACAGAACGGAGCACAAGACGGAGCGAUCUGCUGCUUUCCGCUUCGGCAAAAAGUUUCCUCGCUAUGUGCACUUUUAUAACGCUAAUGAGAAAAACAAAUGGGGGCACCAGAAGGGCUAUCGGAUUCAGUUCAACUCCCAUGCACACAGUGUCCUUCCAAAAGGCUGGAGAGAAGAAGUUGGCAUCAGUUGGUCAAGAUAUCCACUGGCUGUGACUCUACAUAAAGAAAGUGAAGUCACCAGCAGCAGCAUUUACACCCAGAAUGACCCGUGGGAACCUGUUGUGUCCUUUGAGAACUUCAUCAACAAUGAGGACAUAGUAAACCAGGACCUGGUAGCCUGGGUGACGGUGGGCUUCCUACAUGUGCCUCAUUCAGAAGACAUCCCCAACACAGCAACGCCUGGCAACGCCGUGGGCUUCUUCCUCCGGCCCUUCAACUUUUUUGAUGAAGAUCCUUCUUUGACAUCCAAAAGCACCGUCAUUGUCCGCCCGGACGAGGACGGCAAACCCAAGAUCCAGAGAUGGACACCUGAGGUCGUAGGUCACUGUGUGAGCGAUAAGCCUUUCUUCUACAACGGCACGUACGCAGGAGUCUAGAAGAGUCCAGCGAUAAUUUGGAUUUAUGUGAAGUAAUGUCACAAACAUUUCUGUAAGGUUUUUUUUAUGUUUAGAUAAAAUCAAUCAUAAAUUACAAGAUUAAAUAUCUUCACAAUGGAAAAGUUCAUACUGUGUAAACACUGUUUCCAUGAAUGAUGCCUCGUCAUGUAUGACUUCUUUCUUUAAAAUGCAUGUACAUUCUGAAAUUAUAGUUUUUCACGCAUGUCUGCUCCAUUUCUUGUUUCUUCACUGCUGGCUGAAAAUAUUAGAAAAUGAACUCAGUGUUAAAGGAUUUGGACCACGCCAGCUUAAACUACACCUGUGAGCAGCUGGUCAGAGUCAGAGAUGUAGAGACAGAGCCUUGAGGGUUCUGUUAAUCCCAUGAUGGGUCUCCAUGGAAGAGAUUUAACACCUCCGAGCAUCCAGGAUACAGGGUUGUGUGUAUCCGUCCUGGUCGGACAUUCUCCCUGCCCCCCAUGGCAGGAGACACAACAGGCCUUAAAAAGCAAACAGCAAAAUCCGGAUCCUCCUGAGCAAACACUUCAGGAUACCACCUGGCUGUGUGGUUGGCCCUGGAAACCCAACAUGUGAUGUACAGAGAAUCAACGCCUCAUGUAACUACUGUGUUCUGUAUGUACACACAAAAAACACUUUAGAAUAAA